GUGAUGCAUUCUUUAUUGGGAUCCACUGUAUCUGGAGUUGUCUCUACGCGUCCGAAACUUCAUGUUGAGACUUUCAGUCAUUUACUUGGAAGCAAAGCUAUGCAAAGAACUCAAUCGGGUCAACGUGUUGGAAAGAAUAAUGAUUCUCCACUAGUGGUCGCUGGUCUUCCUUUGAAUCGGACAAUGUACUAUGAUAGUAAACCAGUUAUGACUCCCGGCCCUAAAACACCAACAGGAAUGUUAUCGUAUGAAGAAAAUUUACAGACUAUUGGUACUUUCGACACGGUCGAAGCUUUUUGUAGAUAUUUUAAUUGGGUAAAAAAACCCAGUCAACUGGAGUUGAAUACGAACUUCCAUAUAUUUAAAGAUAAAAUUAAACCAAUGUGGGAAGAUCCCGCUAAUGCUAAUGGUGGAAAAUGGGUAAUCUCUAUGAGAAACCCCCCAUUGCUCGAUCGAUGUUGGACUUGGCUCGUAUGUGCGUUGGUUGGUGAAGAGUUAGAUGAAAAUGAUGAUAUUUGUGGUGCCGGUGAUCGUAUUGCUGUAUGGGUUAGAGAUAAAGAUAAUGUUGGUGUAAUUAACGGCAUUGGCCGACGUUUAUUAAAAAUUCUCGAUUUACAAAACGAAAAGGGAAUCGGGAUGGAUUUUCAGUUUAAUGAAGAUGCCUUGAAAUCUGGUACAUCAUAUAAUAAUCGUGUAUACUUAUCUCUUGAGAGUCUUAAACAAGAACUAGAAAAUGAAGAAAGGGCUAGACUAGAAGAACUUGCUAAAUCUGCAAAAAGACAAAGCAUGACCCUUGAUGACAGUAAAACCGAUACUACUGUAACAACUCCAGAUACA